UCCAGAAAAAUUUCUACCGAAAUUGCCGUAUCUAGAACAUACCUAGUUUUGCCAACUUUAAAAUAAGAAUUCACAAAAUGGCAUUAUGAACAUGUUUUAUUUAUUUAUUUAUUUAUUACUUCAGUAUUUCCAAACAAUAUGGCAACACAGCAACAAACAGACUUCGCAACAAAAAGGCUUGGCAACAUUUAGUCUGGAAAAAUAAAAAUACAAACUGAUAAAUAAAAACUAACAUUCAGAACACAUCGUUUCCCAUUACACAUAUUCCUUGCCACAACAUCUACGGCCUAGAGCUGCAAGCUGCAAACACUAGGCCUAGGCCAAAAGUGCAUUCUUUAACGUUUGCAGUUUUGGCUUAGCUUUUGGUGUCCCAUGUUCAACAAAACCUUCUGAAAGAACUCAAAAAUGUUUUUCAUAGUUUUGGGGUAUUCAAGAUGCAGUGCAAAAAUUAAAGCAAAAACAAGACAAAUUGCUUUCGACAUUGUUGGGAACCUCAUUCAUAACAAGGUUCCCUUCAAGGAUGAUCACAUUGCUGCAUGGCGUUAGAGGCAUGUCCUCCGGUAUGACUUGCAGAACCCCAACAGGAACUUGGACAAAGUCAUCGGAAGAGUCUGAAUCCUGCAUUUAAAAUAAACACACAAAUUCAAUUAAGAUGAUAAGACAUCACACACACAUUAUAGUGUGUUCACUUUGCUUAUUGAAGUGCCUGCACAAAAUCACAGAGAACAAACCAAAACUCUGUAAUACAGUCUUGGAGACCUCUUUAGAUUACGAGUAGGAGGAAAUGGCUGCAUUUCAUCACUAAAUAUGCACAAAAAGAUUUUUAAAAAUCACAUGUGGGAUAUCAAAUUUGUAACUCCCAAAUGAUUCAGAAUACGUCACUUUUUGUGACAUCCUCACUUAAAUUGGAAAAAGUAUUUUUUUCCCUUUGCAUUUGGCACCUUAUUUUUGAAGUAAAACAACAUUUAACUCACCCAUAUAACUUUUUUCGCAUUUGGUGCACUUCAAAAGAUAUCGUGUCAGACGAUAUCCCAAUUUUAACUUUAACAACUUUUUGGACGUGUACUGAUUCAGAGAAAAGGCACUUAUAAAUGUAACAUAACUGACGUUACGCACGUUUACAUCCCAGCACUAGCAUGACUUCACGGAGCCCCCCCUCCCCUCCAAACACGCACGCUCACAUCCCCCCCCCACACACACACACACACCCGCACCCCCGUGUCCACACACACUUCUCACCCGACAUUACAGCUUGUUACGCUGAGCUAACCAGUUAACUCAGAAGCAUCACGCAAACAGCUAACAGACAGGACACCGGCCGGCGGAGACAUGUUAGCAUAACACGUAGCUCACGGCUACACCGACUGGUCUAUGAACCCGCAGGCAGACACACUCAGGCGAACAUGCCAACAUGCCAGUCUAAGAGUGGACUUCCUUCCAACAAUUCUCAUUUUAAACAUUAAAUGAUAUUGAAAAGGUUAGAAACAAAAGCUUUACUUACCCAAACCAAGUCAGGGCAACAUUCAGUUGGCGUAAUGGUUCUGUUCUGACUGCUUUCUCGAAUUUUCCUCCAGAGGUAGAUUCGCGCCACCCGGAAAUGGACAUGCGCACCACAGGUGCGCAGCUCUCAUACCACAAACCAUGCUACUCACUUAGUAGAUUCAAGUUCAUACAACUUAAUAAAACAAGUAAGCAGGUAAAAAGUGCAGACAACUCAAUAUGAGAAAUAGAGGAGUUCCAAAAAAUCGAUUAUUACUUGCAUCGCGAUUCGACACGUGACGAUUCGAUUACGAUUCAUAAAGGUUAAAAAACGAUUAUUUUCACUCCUAACAACGCUCGUAGCGAAACGAAAUUCAAGACACGUCUGCGGCCCGGACACCGUUAACGGACGCACACACAACGUUAUGAUGGAUGCUCCCAGUUACUGGAAGAUAGAUUUACUCCUUUUUAAAAGACUGGAAAAUAAAUUUGUGUAUAUGGCAGGCAGGACCAGAAGCCGGUCGCGCUUUUGUGCGCAUUUUUAGAGCGAGAGGGGAAGAGAGAUAGUUCUUUGCUCGUUGCUCCUUGCCUUUCAGAUGACCAGCUGUAGUUUUAAGGCAUUUCAAUUAAAAAAAAUAUCCUGAGUGUGUUGCUAAGACCCGUGUGCAUCUAUAAGAGAUGGGCACUGAUGAUAUGGCCAUGUUGGACAAGAAGACAGAACAGAAGGAGACAAUAUCUUCCUCUUUAGAAGAGGAGCCUAGGACUGUUUUAGGGAGCCCUAUUGAUUUUCUCAAUGCCACACCUUCUCAGUUUGGAAUUACUGUCCAGAGCUUCAACCAGUCAUCAACAGAACGCAAAGAAAAGUCCCGUUUGGCACAAUUAAGGGAGAGGAGAAAGUCUAGUAUCGGCGUGAGGGGCUCACCAGAAAUGAACUCACUUAUCCGCUUCAUCGCACGACAAAAAAUGAAGAAUUCAUCCAACUGUCAAACUCCAGAGCUUGUCAAAGGUAGUCCCUUCCUUCCUCGGGUAGCGUCCACCCUGAAGCAGAAAAUAGCUUCCUUUAACAGCUUGAUGGGUGUGGAGGAGAGUGAGGCCUAUGAUCUGAUGCCAAGGCAGGGGAACAACACUAGUGAAUGCAUCAAGACAAGAGAUUAUCUGUCUGAUAAAUACGACCAGGAAGAAGGGAAAGAGAACAAGCCUCAAGAGAUGUCACCUGCACCCAGCAAGAAGCGUCGCGUAGGCCCCAUCGAAGGCUGUGAAGUGCAGAUUAGAGAAGCCCACACUCCAGACAUUCACUUCAAUGAGAGUUACAAGGGAGAUAAGGAACCAAUGGCAGAAUGCAAUGAUACUGUCAGCAAAGGACCACUGCUGUCUAUUAAGACUGAAGAAGAAGCCUCACGUAAGCUUCUUUGUACACCCCGUCAUGAUCAUCUUGAGCGACCCAUGACCUUUUCUUCACAAAACAACCAACAGCAGGACAAUGAAUUUGAACCUCAAAGCCCCAGUCGAGCACAGCGCAGUGACCUUACAUCAGCUUCACCAGUCAAGUCAUUUUCUGCUUUUCAAUUUUCUCCUCUAUCUCCUCAACUGGAGAUGAAAUCAGCAGACAAAAACAACUCCACUGGGAUAUCUGUAACCGCAACAAAAAAGAAGCGGGUGCAUUUUGGAUGUCCGCUUUCCCCUGAGUUGUUUGAUAAUCAGCUGCCUCCCAGCACUCCGUUAAGGAAAGGAGGAACACCAGCUCGAACCCUCACACCAGGUGGGAUCUUAAAGAUGCACUCUGCUUUGAAGACGCCCCAGAGGGAUGGAUAUUGCACGCCACAAGCACAGCCGGAGCUCAUCAGUGAAUUUGGUGCCUCUCCGGUGCUUGCGAUGUCUCACAACCGCAGAAUAUUUCGCAUGGCAGAAGACGGAGUGGAGAAGUGGGAAAAGAUUAUUUUUCCUUCAAAAGAAGAAACGGACUCUGCAGAUAUGACUGAUACAGAUUCAAUAAAUUAUGCCCAGUUGAAUUUAAAUGAAGCUUUCUGCGAGGAACUUCUUUCUCCAGAGGUAACAACAGAAGUGAAGUCUGAGACAAGUCAAGCCUCGCAGCUGAAUGCCCCAAAUGAGCUUUUGGCUUCGUCUGAGGAAAAACAACCUGAAGCUGUCAGAAACGCUACGGCUAGAUUACGGAACAGGGAAAAAAAGGCAGUGGCACAAUCUGAGUCGACUCAUGAAUUACCAGCUGCUCGUAGACGGAAGAGAAAGCUACCUGAGGAGAGCAAACCUGUGAGGAGGUCGACACGCUCUGCUGCUAAACCUUCUGAGACGAUUAAAACUGUCUCUAAAGCAGCAAAUCGGUGGAAAAAGGAGGUGAACCACUCUCUUUACGGUUCUCGGGAAUACGCAUCAAAGAAGCCUACCCUUAGUCCCAUCACAGAGUUGUUUAUUUGUGAAUCUGCAGCAGCACAGCACACUCCCCCCACGACCUGCACAGAUGAAAAUUCAUUCAUGCAGAAUGAACCCAGUGAAUCUUCAAGCAGCUGUCCUAGGACUGCAGCUUGUAAUGAAGAAAGUCCGACAGGACCUCCAUUAUCGCCUAGCAAAAGAGCCAUCGGUAAAAAAAGGAGGUCAUCAAGAUACGAGGUCACAAAAUGUGGUUUUAAGAAGGUCAACGUUUCAUUGGACAGCAUCUAUGUGGAGCCUCAGCUUGCUGAGAGUGAGAGCCAUGAGGAAGAGAGCACGACUAUUGUUGCUUUGUUAAAGGAAGCCCCACCAGAAAACCUUCCACCAGAAAAAGUGUCAGCUAGCACUGAAGAACAUCACACUCUUACCAUCGGUGACACACCCAGCACACACACAGAUACAAAUACUGAAGUUCAUCUUAUUGAAGAUGACGCCACACCAGCGUGCUUGUUAGGAGGAGAACAAACCAGCACAGUUACCGCUGCAAGCCCAAAAGCAGCAACCCAGCUGACCCAAAAUGUGUCAAGAUGCAAGAGGAGAUCUGUGAACCUGACAGACAACCAACCGAAACAGGAAGUGGAAAAAAACACAGUCUCAAAGUCUGACUAUCCUGAAGAGGCGACGCAAGUCAACAGUGGCCUGACUUUCUAUCAGACUGACUUUAAUUUUGAGGAUGUCUUCAAACGUGUUCCCAGCAGAGGGCAGCGCUCAGUGCGCCGCAGCCUGAGGAACCUGAGCAACUCAAAUGAUGACACAGGUCUGGCCUGGGUGCCUCAGACCUCCCCCGAAUUCAAAACUAUAACUAGCAGGAAGACCCGCAGUCGAAGAUCCCUUUCUGCAUUGUCAGAAGACACAACACUUAUCACUUAGUGAUACUUCAAGAGUUUUUGCCUUCCACUGGAAUUACAUGCUUUUUUGCAGUCAUAAUUAAAUUGUAUCUGCUACAAGCUUGUUGUUUUAUGGGAUAAGAGUACUAAUGCUUUUGUCCUUAACCAAUUAUUUGCAUUGCAUCUCUAUGCGAACCACUCAAUACACAGAGAGCCCGAUAAUUUAUGCUGACCUCCUCUCAAUCAAUAUCCAACUACACAUUCCCUCCUCACUCACUAAAGUCACUAGAUCGAGGCUCAAUGAGUCAAUAUGUUCUCUUAGUGGAUAGAUGAAGACAGCCUUGGUGCCGUACCAAUCUGUCAGACAAGGUUAGAAGAUACCUGAUUAAUGUAAAAGCAAUGGAGGGAAAAGCUAAAUAGUCAUUCCGAAAACAAAUUAGCCUUCUAGCCAUUUUGCGCUGUUGGGUCAACUUAAAUUCCUGUUGGAAAUUUACAAGAAAGGAAUAAAAAGUACAGUGUGUGCAACCAAUUGCUCCUUUAUCUGCCGUUCUGUACUGUGCAACCAUUAUAUCCGCAAAAUGUAGCUUCUUAAAGAAAUGCAAAGCUAAAAUUAAAAGAAUUGCCGUAAUUUUCGGACUAUAAGGCGCACAUGACCUACUAAAUGUGACACGAAAAUGGCAUUUGUUUAUAGGUAAGCCACACUGGACUAUAAGCCGCAGCUCUCCUCACUGUAUUAUGGAAUAUUUACACCAAAAGAUAUAAACCAGUAACACUUUAUUUGACAUCGGCAUCAUAAGAACAAAUGAACCACCAUUAAGAAGCUUCAUUUGGCCAUCACUGCUCCCUUGAGGGUGGCAGCCAACCUCUGCUGCCACCUGCUGUCACCACUGUUGUUGUCCACCAUGCCUCCUAGCAUGCAUCGCAGCGCUACAGAUGUUUAAAAAAAAAAAAAAAAAAAAACAUAAUUAUGACAUGACACUGUCCUGUGCAUUAAUGAAUGCUUAUGACAGAUGUCAUUUAGGCUAGGUUCAUACUACAGGUCUUAAUGCACGAAUCCGAUUUUUUCGUGUUUUUCCGACUCGAGUCAGGCAUUAACUUGACGGUCUGAACGGGACAAGUCGCAUAGAAGUGGAUGAUUUCAAAUCCGAUCUGAGUCACUUUCGUAUGUGGUUCAAAUCCGAUCUGGGCCACAUUUUUUCAGAACGUGACUGGCAGUCUGAACUGUCAAGACCCAAAUCGGAAUUCAUGCAGCAAUUAUGUCAGCAAAGAGCAAGAGGCACGGAGGACUGCAGCCAUGUAGGCAUUAGCGCCUAGCUUGAACUCUGCUUUUAAGCACGAAGCGGGCUUGACCACAGUCAUAAAAAAAAUAAAAUGAAGAAAAGAAUAAGCUUUACAAUUUUUGAUUUUCAUUCUGUGCGCCGAAUGAGCAAUAUUUCAUUGUUGCACACAUGGCCGUGUAGCCGGGGCAAACUGACACACCCACGUCAUUUCAAGCACACACGUCAAGGCUCAUAUGUGUGCGUGUAUGCGUUCUGUCAGUCCAUAUAAAAUUUGAAUAUAAGACUAAACGGGGAUUAUUAAUGUCUGUUAUUUGUGUCCUCUUUUUGGAAAUCAAAAUAUGAUCACUCUGAAAUGACAUAGCUACAGCUAGCAUGUGUAAUUUCUUUUGAUGCUUCUGCGGAUGCGGGUCUCUUUGCGUAGCACAUCUCGGACUGCAAAUUAGUGCGCAUGCGUGAUACUUGAACGGUCUCAAUGGACAAAGGCAGUCUGAACGGGCACGCCAAAAAAACAGAUAUGGCAAAAAAACGGAUUUGUGCAUUAAGACCUGUAGUAUGACCCUAGCCUUAGUGUCAUCUGGCAAACUAUGUCACUUGUGAAUGGAUGUAAAAGACGAGCUGGACAUAAUUGAGUUAGUGACAAAAUUUGCCGAGACAUUUUAAGGACAUCUGUUAUUAGCAUUCAUUCAUGUCCAUAACUGUGUCAUGUCAUAAUUAUAACAGUCUAAUGACGCCGCUGUCAAAUAAAGUGUUACCUAUUAACCCAAAUAAAUCAACAAAUAAGCCGCAGGAUUUAAAAUGAGGGGAAAAGUAGCAGUUUAUAGUCCGAAAAUUGCGGUACUAAGUUUACAUUUUUAAGUACUGAGAUUAAACUUUUAAAAAGAAUACUCAAACAUUGAUAGUGAUGGAUGUUCAAUUCAUUUAAACUGGGAGGAUUGGCUUUGAAUCCUCAUCUUUCAGCGAUCAUUCACUGCCAGCCUCUCCCAGUCAAAAUGGAUUGAAUGUCUAGCGCCAUCAGCCAGUGAGUUCAUCGAGUGCCCUAUAAAGGGUUAACGAUCCUCACUUGAGGCUAAAGUGAAUGCCAUGAUCUCCAGAUAACGAUGUAGAUCUAGUUAAUUAGUUAAAAGAAAUUAAACACCAAUCUCUCUGAUUCAAAGCAGCUCUCCAACAACUCGGGCCACAACAACUUGAUUUUCACAUUCAGUCCACACAGGACAAUUGGCAUCUAGAAGAAUGACAGAGCGUUGUGUAUCCAUCACAGUGUAAUUGACUCUCCACUUUUACAUCGGGCCAGAGUCACUUGGCUGAAGGACACCAAGGUCCCCGUUUUGUGGUUGAAUGCCAAGGCCCCUUAUCCAUUUGGUAGACGAAUGGCCCACUCGCAUUCUAACCUAGGGUAACACUGCAGAACGUUAUUGCCAUCGAGUGGUCGCAUGAGGUAUUGCAUGGCGCCAAAAGUUCCCUCACAUGAUCCAGCACUCCUAGCAAGGGAACAAAAUCAUGAGGAACAGAGACUGGAUGCCAGGCGAGUAUUUAUUUUUUUUGACAUGAACAUUCCUUUUUUUUUUUUUUUUAUGAGUAAUUUUAUAAAAAUAACACGAAAUGAGCAUUUUGUAUUUUUUUGUUACCUGAUGUGCCAAAUUGCAUUGAUUGAAUCGGGCGUAGGUUUGGUCUCAAUAUUGGUAGGGAAGAUAUAAUAACAGCAUAACCUGCAUGUACACUUUUUGCUGGGGACGGGACAUUAAUAAGACCAAACAGAUUGGGUGAACAGCAGACAGGGCUAUAUUUUCAACCAAUAA